GGUAGUUUAUCGUGCGCUUCGGUACGUCGUGGUUGUGGCUAUUUUCGUGCAUUGAACUCGGUAUUGCGUGCCUGCGGUGGUUGUCUCUAUUUAGUAAGUACUUGUUUUGCCACCCCCUUCCCCCCAACGGUCGGGUUGGGUUGGUGACGCGGUCCUCCGGAUUAUUCCACCCGCAGGGUGCGUGCACUUCAAACUACCCGCAAGCUUUUGUCGCGUCUCAAGUUUUUGCAAUCGCCGUCGCCGUCGUAGUCGUUGUCGUCGGUGUUUCAGGUACGGGUUUCGUCUAGCUUAUCGGUCCGCGGAGCCUAGACACGGUGAAGGUGGGUUUGUGAACCAAGAGAGGGUAAAUGUUUUCCUUUACCGGUCCGGAAGGGAUUUAAGUGCCGAGUGCUGCUCUGGGUUGAGUUUGGGGAGUUUGUUCGUGUACACGUGUGUGGGUGUGCUAUUUUGGGUUUUGUUUUUGGUUUUGAGGCAGUCAAACUAUCCGAGUACAGCACAGGAAGUGGCGUGGCUGCGUCCCUCCGCUAUUUCAAUUCUCGAAAAGCGAAUCCAAGGAUAUACUGCGGAUGACGAUCGUGUUGCGUGCGGUAGUAAAGUGAUGUUCCACUGAGAGAAGAAAAAGCGGAAAACACCAAUGCAGCAGUUUUGCAAUUCAAAUCUUAGCCAGUCCAUGGAAGCGCAGUCGGUCGUAUUUGGAUGAUAGUUUUGGGUUCGGUGGUAAAAAAACCUAAUUUAUUCCGGUACAGCUUAGUGAGUGCGAAAUCUACCGGCAAGGCUAUGUGUUGAUUUGCAUAUCCAGCUUCGGAUUGCGUCCGUUUCCUCCCAGCAAUCAGUGUGGGUCAGUGUGCGGGACCUCGUUUGUGGCUGGCGUUCGAGUGGACGGUACCCGCGUACGAAUCACACUGCAGUGGCUGUAAUCAAUUGCCGAUGCCGAGCAAUGCCAAAGUCAAUUACGUUUGGAUUUCGGACUUCUCGCAGUACACGUGUUCAGUGAUUGAAUGGUGAAAGCGAUUGAAAACAGAAAAUUGCGCAUUUAGAAGAGCGAAGGCCAAGUUUAAUCUAAAUCAAAAUAAGUGAAUUUAUGACCUGAUUGUUUUAAGCUUGUACAAUUGAGUAUGGUGGAAAAUCCUAAGGAAUAUCAAUCGAAGGAUAACUACUGUGACGAGGUUUGUUGCUGGAAGACUGACCUCUGUUCAACGAUGAAGUAUCUGAUGUGAAGUUUUUAGUGUUUUUAUACUAUUUCCAUUCUUAUCACGUAUUUUGGUGAAAUCGGGUUGUUGUGCGAUUUUUCGUCGAUUUACGUACGGUGCUACGAGAGACUGUGAAGCUCAAUUUCAUACAUAUCAUAGAAACAAGAACUUGUAGGACUAAGCCUUCGGAGGACGGUUCCCCAAACACACUUCUUCUAAUCAUCAACCGAAGUACCCACAACGGCAACAACAACAACAACAUCAACAACAAAACCAUCAGCAAGCAUAUCAGCGAAAACAGGGGAAAAACUUUUCCUUUACGUCAAAGAUAGAAGUUGAAAAAAGUGGAAAAAAUUACAUAUCAUCAUGCUAGUAACACUGCUGAGAUUCGUUUCCGUCGUUCUGAUUCUCGGAUCGAAUAUUAAGACUGCAAUAGCUAUUUUAAAUUGUAUAUUAGCUCGACAACUUUGUUUCGAGGACCCAUCAUGCUCAGCCAUCCUAGAGAUCAUCCCGCGCGUCUGCGGUCCGGUGCCAGUGGCCUGCAGUACGGUGACGGUAACCAAGUGCCAGGCGGCGCUGCGGACGCUUCAAGCGUUCCCCUUUUUCCGGCCGACCUGCCUCUGCAAGGAGCCCGGCAUCGAUCCGGACUGCAACUACUUUCGGGACUUUCUGUUCGAUCAUCCGUGCGGUUUCGUGUCCAAAAAGGAGAAAGAUCCAUACCCGGUGGAUGCCCUGCCCACGUGCAAUCACGCGCUGUCCGUCUGCCAGCAGGAGCGGAAGUGCAUCAAACUAUUCGAAGACUUUAAGACGCACUGCAAGGUGCGGGAAAACAAAUGCCGCAUGGAGGAUAGGGACCUGUGCUACGAGGCAUGGACUAAUCUCCGAUUAUCGCCGAUGUUUGGCUGUAUCUGCCCGAACAACCACAUGAAGCGCAGAUGUGAUAAAAUAUUUAGCGUUGUGAAUCAUAAUCCCUGCGUUGAUGUACUACCCUCCGCACUAGACACUUCUUCUGGCACCGCCACAAACUCAAUCCAUCCCAAUUUCUACCCCUCGGAUGUAAUCGAGGAUCCCCCUCCUACCAGCACAUAUCCCUACUUUCUGUUUCCCUCGAAAAAGUAUCCACCGUCGGCCUUCCAGCCGGAGAUCUACAGCCGAGCCGAUUACAUUGAUGUAUCGGUCGGUAGCACCAACCAAUCCCACCACCGUUCCUCGUACCAUCCCUUCCCACCUGAUCCCCAGCACGGGGAUGGCACUGCACCGCAUCAAGCACCAUCACCACCAGCACAACAGCACCACUUUAGUUCCACUAAGCACAAUGAGCACCAUUUCGAUAGCACCGCUAGCAGUAGCAACUCGCAACAGCACGGUAAGCACCAGCAUGCGGCACCGGCACCAAGUGUGAAUGUAACGACAGGCGAGGAGCACCACCGGCACCAUCAGCACCAGCAGCAGCCGCCCGGCAGCGAUGGCUCCCCGAGUCAGACAGCAACGUCGUCGGCGGCUGCACCCGGUGCUGGCACCUCCUCCUGGAGUGGAAUCCAGGUGGCACCCGAUCUUAGGCAGCGGCUGGAAAUCGUACGAGCGAUGGGGAUGGACGAUAAUUAUCAUCGCUUGCUGGACCAAAACAUGGCGUUGAUCGACACCCCACUAGUUGCGCCCGCCCACGCUUACUUCCCGCACCACUACAAGACGGCCCUCUAUCCGUACAACAUCUCCGGUUACCACCACCAGCACCAGCACGGGCUGCACGGUGGUCACUUUGGUACGGUUCACAACGGUAACGGUAACGGCAACGGCAACGGCAACAACAACCACUACUACAACAACAACAAUCAUAACGGUGGUUACCACGGGAACGGAAACGGUGACUAUCUGGCCGCUUCGGUGUCCUCGCCCGUAGACAACAUUCUGAUCAGCAUGAAUGGCGACGGGAACGGGGCGGACGCAGCGAUCGAAUACGGAGGCUUCUACGACAAUGCGGUCGAACGUCAAAUCGGGUCCGAUGAUAUCGAGGAAAAGGAGGCCGAAAUGAGCUUCAUCCAUUUCCAGAGUACCUGCCAUCUAUCUCUCGAUGCCUGCCGGGAUGAUCAAGUUUGCUCCAGUGCGUUGAAGACGGUGUUGAUGCACUGUGAGCUGCAUCGGUGCAAUCGCAACGCCUGUAUGGAGUCACUGCAGAGCUUCUACAAGGGUAUCCACGAUGAUCUGAGUCUAGAUAUUGCCUUCUGUUUGUGCAGAAAAACACCAAACCGCCAUGACAGUUGCAUGAUAGCACAGGAAAAACUACACCCAGCUUGUGCCCAGCGACCGCCGGAAAAUAUCACGCCCCAGGGUUCGAACGGCUUAGUCUACAGUCCACCGCCAUCCUGUCACACAGUGGCAGAGCUGUGUCGCGAAGACGAAGACUGCCGAGCGCGGCUGGAAGUAUUCGAACAGUCCUGCGCGGUGGACAGCGUAACGAAGAAGUGCGCCGGAAAGACCAGCGCUUGCAGGCAAGCAAUGCUGGGCAUUCUGGGAACUCCGUUGCGUACAAACUGCGCCUGUCAGGGUUCAGAUCUACAGCAGCUGUACGAUUGUCUUGGUUGGCAGCGCUUGCUUUGGCUUAAUCCUUGCGUUGUCGAAUCCCAGAAAGAUUUUCACCUGAAACGGUUGGCAGAACUUGGUCUGCUGACGACAACCACAACAACGACGAUGGCGACAACAACCACAAUGCGAACUACACGAGCCACACAGCCUCCAACACCGCCACCAACGAAACCAAAACCUGUUUACCGUCCCAAGCCAACCGAGAUGCAACCGUUCGUGACGAACUUCAUUGACGCACCGGACACCCAGCCGAAAACGUUGAUCCACAAGGGGAACGAGCUGAUCGUGCGGACCGAUCUGGACCCACAUCCGGACGAGUACGACACCAACGGGCGGCACCAUCUGCUUCCGGACGAGGAUGACCAUGACGAACUACCGCCGAUACCGAACGGUGGGAGUAACCGAAUCAACCAGCGACCAGACGAACAGGUCCUGCAGAUGCUAACGACCGAACCGCCGGAGCUGGAAACACCUCCACCCACGACGACCACCACGACAACUACAGAACCGACCACGACACCGGUACCGAUCAGGUACUGCGUAGUUCAGCGCUCACAUCAAUCCGACCAACUGAUCGCCGAAGGCAAAAGUCGUCGGCUGUACAUGCUAGACGAUGCAGAAUGCAGUGAACUGUGCACCUGCGGGGGCGGUGACUCUCUCGCCCUAACAUGCCACGCUUUAUGCGUUCCGCUGGCACCAUGUCGAACAUCGUUGGCGUACUACAGCCAUGCUGCGCCGGCUUACCAAGCUUUCCGGGGUCGCUGCCUGUGCUAUUCCGGACGAUUUAUCUGUAUGCGUCCACCUCCGGGUGAAUAUUCUCUGCCAGGUGGCAUCUUUCUGUUGCUAGGUUAUAGUUCUACGGACGAAGCACUGUUAAGACCUCACACUAAUCUAGGCAUUCAGGAUGCAGUCCGAGCGUUGCAGCAGUACGUGCUGCAGCACAUCAACAAUGAGACUUCUUGUACAUUAACACUGUUUAAUAUCACUGAUGAAAAUAUCAUCCUAUCGAUAAGGUUACCCCAUGAUCCUAAGCUUACCAGCAUGGAGUUGCUAAGGCAGGAAAAGGACCACUGUACAAAGAUCCUCGAAACCAUCAGUCACCAGAUCAACACCCAACACGUCGAGAUGUCCGCCCACCGUCUGUUGAGCAUUUUCAAGAUGGCCGAAGUGCAGGUGGUCUGGCCGGAAGUGAGCCGAGCUGGUCCGCGGUCGCACGGCCACCACCUUAUGCUGAUACUGCUGGCCGCUGUUCCGUUCGUGCGGUGGCACCAGCAGCUGCCCCGAGCAUCGCCUACGUGACGUUAAGCCCGGCAAACAGCAAGCGAAACCCAUCCACGUCAUCAUCAUCAGCAUCAUACGAUAUCGUCCAAUAUCUCCAAAUACGCUUCGUUUUCGGCUUCACCAUUAACUGCAUAUGGCAGCAGCGUAGUUCAGCAAAACAGCCCUCAUCUUUCCUGUUGCAGGGUGUAAACUCAUUGUAAAUGAAAGGUUUGUAAAAAUUAACUCCUACUCGAUGACAUUGUUAAGCCACUGUUACACUAUAUCCAUUAUGUAUAUCUAUAUUGAUACUGUGAAUGAUGGACACAGAGCAAAACGGGAAAAGGUUACGUUUUUUCACCGACAUAAGCGAAGAGCGUUGAAGUUUUCGAGUUAUUUUUUGCCAUUUUUUUUUAUUCGUUCACUAAUGUAAGUAGGAAAACUAUGGUCGGAACCAAAUAUUUAGCGAGCAGGUGGGUGUGAUCGCGUAAGUUUUAACGUGCUGAAAGGCUUUAAUACCAGCAAAACCGGCUUCAAAGCAAGCUAGCAAGUAAUACCUACUUAGCCAUUGUACAUUGUAGUGCAAAUGAAUACAUUUGAUUUGUGUUCGACGUUAGUUGUGAGUAGUUAGAAUAUCUCCCUCCAAACUUCAGGAUGGGCGCGCAUAAGAAAAAACUGGAGCUAUACUCAAAACUGUACUGACGUCGUUGUGGCAUCUGGGAUCUGUCUGUGCCGCCCUCUUUACAGAAAAGUCUGGCUGAAUGUGUGCAUACUAGAGAGUGUUAGAAGCGCAAAAUGGCAGCGAUGGUGGUUGUUACUUUUAUUAUGUAAAUUAUAUACUGAAACAAAACCGCUUAAUUCCUGUAGGAAUGUGUUGAACAAGAGUGAGCGAUGAAGUCGAAGCGUGUGUGUGUCGUAAUACUAAACUCACAAACACCGUUUAGGUAGUAUCUAGGUAUGUUGAUGAGAUUUGGUAGGACAACUGAUGUUUGGCGUUCGCUUUGUUGAAUCCAAGAAAAUUCUAAUCUGAUUUCCCCUGGGAACUAUAUGAUUAAUAUUUUACGAAAUAGAAAAUGUUCGAGGUACAAUUACUAGAAUAACAAUAAAAAAACGUAACACAUCAGUUUCCGACCACAUCGGGAAAAAAUCAACCUCUGCUGACUAUGGCUUUCGUGUGAUUCUAUCCAAGCAUAUUAGAUGCAGUGCAUUGUGGUGUGACCAACAAAAUAAGCAAGAUAAGAUCACAAUCGUAAAAAUAUGUCUUCCUGAAAAUAAAAAAAAAAAAUAAAAACAAGUGUUUAAUAUAGAGAAAAAUUGUAAAAUUUAGGAAAUAGUUUGUAUGUUGAAGGUAACUAAAAAAGCAGUGAACGGAAACAGGCGAGUGGUAUAAUAAGAAGAAAAUAAAAAACAUUUAGAUAAUGCUGUUAAAUAUGAGAAGUAAACUGUUAGAGAACAAAAAAAUGACACUAAAACUAUUCUAUGAAACCGAAAUGAUGUUAGCAAUAAAUACAGAGAACAACAUCUAAUAUAUAGCGUCAAAACCACUAGGAUCUACUAACCCUGCUAUUGUAAAUACUGAUUUACCGUAGCGAAAACUAACACAUAGAGAGGGAAAAGGUACCACGCAAGCACCUGUGGAACCUGCUUAGGUGAUACAAUUAUAAUUAGCAUAAGUGUGGCAGAUUAGUUCCAGCAGCAGUAUUUAUUGCAUAUUUUAUCAUCCAGACCCACUGUAUAUUGUUGCAUCAAACAAACAAAAAAAAACAAAUUGUAAGAAUUAUACGAAACCAUAUCGCAUUUCAUUUCCAUCGUAUCGAGUAAGAAAUAUUUUAAAAAUAGCAACAACAGAACAAAACGAAACACGAACAUACACAUUUGCAACACUGAUACAUAUCAAUUUACAAUGGUAUAGGUGUAAUAACACUCUUCGACACGUUCAUUCUAAUAGGUCAGAACAUUCACACAACAAUUCACUGAAUCACAGAACCACACACAUACACCAACAAACCAAACACACAAUUUCCAUGCUAAUUUCCUACUUUGCAAAUGGAAACUAAUUUACCCCUUGGUUAUUCCCUCCUUAUAAUCUUAUUUUCGAAAAAACAACCUAGAAACAACAACACCCCUAGCAGUAAACGAACAAACCAUUGAACACAAUAAGCACUGCAAGUAACUCCCAACAAAAAAUAACCCAUAGGAAGUCAACCAUUUUGUAUCGAAACUCGGACGAGAACAGAAUUAAACAUUGUGCUUACAACCAAUCAUAGGAGAGCAAAAAAAGAAUACAAGCGAUGAAACCCCUUGAACAAUAACCAACACACUUUACUAUACACUAAUAAUUAGCUCUAUCAGUCCUUUCCGGUUGAAACAAAACGGUUUGAACCGUGCAAAAAAAAAUAAAUUAGUAGCCGAAAAAAUAGCAUCCUAGAAAAAUUUCCAUAAAACUCUCCAUCAUGUCAAGUUUUCGGUUACCCGGUUUGUCGCUUGUUUAUCCCGUUUCCCUUUGAUGAAUCAGCAUGAGCGAGCAUAAAACAGACCCGCAACGCGGCCAAGAUUGCAAUAGACCAGCCCGCAGAGCGCUAGUGUAUUCUAGGGAGAAAAAAAAACAAUCCAGAUGGGAAGUGAAUCUUUUGAGAGCUACCCGAAACGAGAGGCUAGUAGAAGAAGGCAAAGAAAUACGACCGAGCGCGGAGAAGAAUGCAGAAAUAAAAUGAACGAAAACUUUAA